AUGCGGCACGACGUCGAGACCCGACCGGGCAAGCCUCCGCCGCCCCCAUCGUGGGCCUCGAUCCCGAACAAAUUCCAACUCUUCAUCAUAUGCUCUGUGCGGGUGGUUGAUUUUUUCCAACAGGCUGCCCUGCAGGCAUACAUGUUUUAUCAACUCAAGUCCUUUUCGCCCUCGGCGCCCGACAGCCAGAUAUCCUUCGAGGCCGGCGUGUUGCAGGGUGUCUUUACAGCCGCGCAGGUGUUUACAGGCAUCCUGUGGGGGCGGGUGGCCGAUUCGCCGUCGUUUGGGAGAAAGACUGUCCUUCUGAUCGGGCUGACGGGACAAGGACUGAGCUGUAUAGGCGUGGCAUUUUCCAGAAGUUUCCCGGCCGCCGUGGUCUGGAGGUGUCUGGGCGGUGCCAUCAACGCAACCGUGGGAGGAGCACGGACCUCAUUGGCAGAGAGUACCGAGAAAAAAUACCAUUCGAGGACAUUCCUGCUGCUGCCUCUGGCAUGGAACAUUGCCAACAUCUUUGGCCCGCUGUUCGGCGGCAUGCUCUCCGAUCCCGUACACAACUACCCUGGCCUGUUUGGGGAGAACUCGACCUUUGGCGGCGCGCAUGGGGUGUCGUGGCUGACGACGUUUCCUUACGCGGCACCCAACCUGUUUUGCGCUCUGGUCCUGUUCGCCGACGCCCUGCUCGUUUGGAUGGGUCUGCGAGAAACGCUGAAUUCCCGCAAGUAUAACCGUGACCGAGGUAUCGAGCUAGCCGAGAACAUCACCUACCGCAUCCGCACCAUGGUCUUCCAGCGCUUCGGAUACAGCCAGCUUGGCCAAGCAGACGCCGCAGCUGGUCCGGAUACGGUGGACGACGAGAACAUGCCCACAAGCACGCCGCUGGAACCACUGCCGCCCAAGGAAGGCGACAGCACCAACCCCUCGGCAGCGUCGUCGAAGGCGCCUCCCAGGCCGUCGGAGGCUCCCAAAUCCGCUCCUCCAUUCUACCAUGCCAUCACUUCCAACGUCCUGCUGGUGCUGGCAACUGUCGCCAUCAUGGACUUCCAGAUGGGCGGUUUCGCUUCUCUGUGGACCAUCUUUCUGUCCUCCGCCCGAGCCACCGACGAGGAGAAGGCUACUAUCCAUCUCCCCUUUGUUUUCACGGGCGGGUUGCAAUUUAGCCUCCCCACGAUCGGUCUGGCCAUGUCGAUUCUGGGCUUCGUUGGAAUCAUCCUGCAGUUGACGCUGUAUCCGAGCGUCAAUGCGCGAUUCGGCCUCCUGCGCUCAACACGCUGGUCCCUGUUUGUGUUCCCCAUCGCCUACGCUCUAGCGCCGUACCUGUCGCUUCUCAUCUCCCACCAAUUCCUGCUCUGGAUGGGCAUCGUCGUCGUCGUGGUGCUCCAAGUCGCUGCGCGGACUUUUGCGAUCCCCGGCUCCGUCUUGCUAAUCAACAACUCGAGCCCCAGUCCCGCGAUGCUGGGCACCAUCCACGGCAUGGGCGCCGCGACGUCGAGCGCUUUCAGGACCAUUGGACCCAUCGUUGCGGGACACUGGUACGGUCAGGGGCUGGAAAAGGGUGUUGUCGGCUGGGCAUGGUGGUGGUUGGCGUUGGUGAGCCUUUUCGGCGUUGUGCCCAGUUUCUGGGCCAAAGACGGGAGGUAG